ACUAGAACUUAGCCUAAGAUCAAAGCUUCCUAUUAUAAUUUGCAAUGAAAGGAGGAGAGUCGGUGCCUUCAUGGGUAGAACUACUGCUCUCGACGCAGUUUUUUACUACUUGCAGUAGCCAUCUCAUCUCUCCUCGUAACGAAUGCAACUUCUUUUGCAUCGAUUGCCAGACACCACAAGCAUCCUUUUGCUAUUACUGUCGUUUAAGUCAUCAUUCCUCUCAUCAUGUAAUCCAGAUCAGACGGUCGUCAUACCAUGAUGUGGUGAAAGUUUCUGAGUUGGAGGAUAUCCUUGACAUAAGUGAUGUACAAACUUAUGUGAUCAACAGCUCAAGGGUUGUGUAUUUGACUGAGCGUCCUCAACUACGGAGUUGUGGUGUUUCAAAUACAAAGUUAUCAUCAUCACAAACUUAUAAAUGUGAGAUUUGCAGCCGUACUCUUCUUGAUGAUUUCCGGUUCUGCUCUCUUGGUUGCAAUUUCGCAGCCAUAAAAAGAGACAAUGAGAAGAAUGUGGCUCAAAAUGGUAUUGCCUCCAAUGCAAAUGAAGUUAAGAUUGGCACCAACAAUGGCAGCACAAAUGCUGGAAGUGCCAAUGAGAUAUCUAGUGAUGCUAAUAACUACCGCAAUGAAAUACCUUCAUCAACAAGAGUUAUUCGUCACCGUCGGAAGGGGAUUCCUCGCCGUGCACCAUUUUUCUGAAGAAAAGGCCUCAAUUGACGUUGCCGAAGAAAUCAAUAAAUGGACAUGUAGCAAGGGUGGUUGUCAUUGUGUGUCUUCCAUUUUUUUUAUCGUAUUCCAUAUCUGUUGUGCUUUUCUGUGUGAAUUUUAAUGCUUUCAACA